AUGAUACCCGACGAUAAGAAAGCCUCUAUUCUCUGGGGCUCACCCCAGCAGACCGGUGCCGCCUUCGACUUCAGAAGCGACGUGAUCACAACCCCCUCCCUCACAAUGCUCGCCGCAAUAACCCACACAACCCUCUCCGACGACGUCUACUCCGAAGACCCCACAACCUCCCUCUUCGAAUCCUCCCUCGCAGCAACCUGCGGCCACGCCGCCGCCGCCUUCGUCCUCACCGGCACAAUGGCAAACCAACUCGCCCUUCGCACCCUCCUCACGCAACCCCCUCACGCCGUCCUCGCCGACGCCUCCGCGCACAUACUCCACUGGGAAGCCGGCGGCGUGGCGCACCUCUCGGGCGCCAUGGUCCAGGGGAUCCGGCCGCGCAACGGACUCUAUCUCACACUCCAAGAUAUCGAGAAACAUGCCGUCCUGACGGAUGACGUACACAAGUGCCCCACGCGGGUGGUGAGUAUCGAGAAUACGUCUUCAGGUGUCGUUGUUCCGCUGCUGGAGAUGAGGAGGAUCAGGGAGUGGACUUCCGCGAGGGGCAUUGCGGUACACAUGGACGGCGCGAGGCUAUGGGAAGCCGUCUCGGCCGGCGCGGGCAGCUUGGAGGACUUUGGACGGUGUUGUGAUGUGCUCACGCUGGAUUUCAGCAAGAACCUCGCCGCGCCGAUGGGCGCCAUGGUCCUUGGUUCCGCGGAGCUGAUGAAGCGUCUGCGAAGGAUGCGGAAGAGUAUCGGCGGCGGGAUGAGACAGGCCGGCGUCCUCGCCGCCGCGGCGCGGCAGGCCGUUCUUGAGAACUUUGGUCCCGGGACGAGGGAUGUGAGGGGCGUGUUGGAGAGGAGUCGUGUGUUGGCGGCCGAGGUCGGGAGGAUGUGGAUUUCUAGGGGCGGAGUGCUGCUGAAGCCUGUUGAGACGAAUAUGGUGUGGUUGGAUCUCCGGGGUUGCGGGGUGGGUGUCAGGCAGUGGAAUGAGGCUGGGAGGCGGAGGGGGGUCAAGUUGGAUGGGAAGAGGGUUGUGUUGCAUCAUCAGGUUGGGGAGGGCGCGAUGAGGUUGUUGGGAGAUGUGAUGGAUGAGGUUCUUGGGAGGGUUCGUGGAGUGUCUGCUGGAGUUGGUGGGUUGCCCAAGGCGAGGUUGUAG